AUGGCUUUAGCAUUUAGAGCUGUGGCACAAUUAGCUGGAAUGUCAUUAUCUUUGCUGGGAUGGGUUUUAUCCUGUCUUACAAACUACCUGCCACAAUGGAAAAACCUCAACCUGGACUUAAAUGAAAUGGAAAACUGGACCAUGGGACUCUGGCAAGCCUGCGUCAUCCAGGAAGAAGUGGGGACGCAAUGCAAGGACUUCGAUUCUUUCCUGGCUCUGCCUGCCGAACUCAGGGUCUCCAGGAUUUUAAUGUUCCUGUCCAAUGGGCUGGGAUUUCUGGGCCUGCUGGUCUCUGGGUUUGGGCUGGACUGCUUGAGACUUGGAGAGAGGCAGCAAGAGCUCAAGAAGCGGCUGCUAAUGCUGGGAGGCGUCCUGUUCUGGACAGCGGGCAUCGCAGCCCUGGUGCCAGUCUCCUGGGUCGCCCACAUGACCGUCCAGGAGUUCUGGGAUGAGACGAUCCCAGAGAUUGUGCCCAGGUGGGAGUUUGGGGAAGCCCUCUUCAUCGGCUGGUUUGCUGGGUUUUUUCUCCUCCUAGGAGGGUGUCUGCUAAGCUGUGCAGCCUGCUCCACCCCAGCUCCUCUGGCUUCGGGCCACUGCGCAGAGGCAGAAAUGCAAUAUCUCCAUCAACACCUGAAGAUGAGAAACACUCACCUGAAAACCUAA